AGUCAACAUGGAAGAUGACGAGCUGCUGGACGGACUUAUUGUUGGCAUUCCGGCGAUAAAUCUACGCAAUCAGGCCAAGCUUCAGUGUUUCGAGAACCCAGGAAGGAUGCUUAAAGCAUUUGCCAACAUAAUGUUGCCGGUAAGGGCUGCUGGAGAGAAGAAGAUGCACAACGCGAAGGAUGAGCUGGCGAGCAAGGAGACGCGUUGCUAUAACUGCAACGGUAAAGGGCACUGGGCACGAGACUGCAUCAAAUCGAAGAGGACUCCUGGGUCUUGCUAUGGAUGUGGGGCGAUGGAUCACAUGAUCAGCAAGUGCCCCCAAAACAAGAAGGAUGCGGCAAAUAAUUACAAUGCUUGAUCGAUUCAGGAAGCCCAGUAUCUUUGAUA